AUGACGGCACCAAACCUGGAAUCUUUCAGGCGGGGUAGCAUGUUUGACGCAUCUUUCAGGCGAAGUAACAUGUUCGAUGGUUCGUUUAGACAAAGCUUUAGAGACUAUUCCUAUAUGUUUGAAGACAAUACUCCCGCCCGUUGCUGCUCCUACAUGUACUUGGUGAAGAAAUCAAAGGGUGUUUUAGUUCGGGCGUGGGAGAUGGGAACAUCUGACCCGAGGAAGAUUAUAUUCUCAGCCAAGAUGGGUUUGGCUCUGACACUCAUCUCCCUUCUCGUCUUCUUUAAGCUCCCAGGAUCAGAGGUCAGCAACCACUAUCUCUGGGCAAUCCUCACAAUAAUUGUUAUCUUCGAGUUCAGUAUAGGAGGCACCUUUAGCAAAGGAUGCCACGUGGGACUAGGAACUUUAUCUGCUGGAGCCUUGGCGCUUGGCACGGCUGAGAUAUCCGAUAUGACUGGAAAAUGUGCAGAUGUUUUCAAUACUGCUAGCAUCUUCGUAGUAGCCUUUCUUGGGACUUAUGCAAAGCUAUAUCCAACGAUGAAGCCAUAUGAGUAUGGAUUCCGGGUGUUCUUGCUGACCUAUUGCUACGUAAUAGUGUCGGGAUACAGAUCAGGGGAGUUCAUGGAAACAGCUGUCUCAAGGUUGCUUAUGAUAGCACUUGGUGCAUCCAUUGGUCUCAUUGUGAACAUUUGCAUUUAUCCCAUAUGGGCCGGGGAUGAUCUCCACAACUUGAUCACAAAUAACUUUGUGAAUGUCGCCACUUCUUUGGAAGGUUGUGUGAAUGGAUAUCUCAAUAGCGCACAUUAUGAUUUAAUCUCAGUAGUCGAUACUGGCUACAGAUCAGCCGUGGAAUCAAAAAGCCAAGAAGACACUCUGAUGGGUUUUGCUGCAUGGGAGCCACCACACGGUCCAUACAGAUCAUUCAGAUAUCCAUGGAAGAUGUACGUGAAAGUAGGUGGCGCAUUGAGGCACUGUGCUUUCAUGGUAAUGGCAUUACAUGGCUGCAUUCUCUCACAGAUUCAGGCUCCAGAGGAGAAAAGAGAGGCAUUUCGUAAUGAGCUUCAAAAGGUAGGUCUCGAAGGAGCAAAAGUACUAAGACUCAUAGGCCAAAAGCUGAAGAAGAUGGAGAGACUAAACCCUAUAGAAGACAUCCUCGAGGAGAUUCACCAAGCAGCUGAACAACUUCAGAGCAAAAUCGACAAGAAAUCGUACCUUCUCGUGAACGUGGAGAAUUGGGAGAUCGGGAAUGAUGGAAUCGAAGUAUCGAAUAUUGACGAGGAGGGUCUAAUAAGUCGGAAGCUGGAUUAUGAAUCUCAUAAGGAAGCCGCGCUUCUCCCGAGACAGACGUGGUGGCCUCCUUUCUUGCUCUCUAUAAGCAGUAUAAUGUGGAAGAGCGAGAGUGCUGAUCUGUCUUUAGCUACGUUCGCUUCGCUGCUGAUAGAGUUCGCCGCAAGGUUGGAGAAUCUCGUGAAUGCGUACGAUGAGCUCUGUGACAUAGCCAAUUUCAAGGAAGCUUUCAGUGGCUGA